UCUUCCUUCUUCGGUUUUGGUGGAUGAGCUUGGUGGACGGUGACUGAUGUGCGUCGCGGGCAGGUCGUCGCGUUGCAGACCGGCGAGGCGGUCAUGUUCUCGGCGAGCGGGAUCAGCGUUCGCGGGGAUAGCCACGCGGAGGAAGAGCCUGAGCGUGAUGCGGGCGCUGUCGCACAGCUUGGUGCAGGGUACCUUAUCGUGCAGUCUCGAUUGCGGGUCACACAGGACGGCGGCCAGUCCAUUCUUGCAGUGCGAGAACCGGCUGGGGCUGCUUCUGGACCCCAGUGGGACUUAGUGCCGGCAAAGGCGUCGUCUUCUGAGAGGAGUAGUGGCGGGACAUCUGUCCCAGCGGGUUAUCCCGCUAGCGGUGCCGCUCCUUCUGCACGCAAAUCAUGGGCGAUGUUGCUCAGGGAUAAGGCGCAGGUGGAGAAGCGGCCUAUCGCAAGGGCUGCGGAAGCAUCGUUCGCAGAUUCUCCCUCACCUGAGCCACGUGGAUCAUGGAGAGGCGCUUCUCCUUCACUUCCGGCUCGCUCGGGAUGGGGGGCCACUUCUCCCUCGCCUACACCUACCACCAGUCACCCGGGGCGGGGGGCUUCUUCUUCGUCGCCCUCUGUUAAUUUGGGAUGGGAGACUGCCCCUCCCUCGCCUGUGGAAUGGGAGGCCUCACCUGCCGGACAUGGCGCACCUUCUCCCUCACCUGCAGAACGGGAAACCGAUGACAGUUCAAACCCAACCGCGCCUGCCGGUCCAACGGUCUUCAUGAUGACGAGCCUCGAGCUGCGUAAGUUCCGCCCGCUGGUCAAGUUCAUGCAGAAGAUGUUACAGGAGGAGAAGCUCUGGCGCGUUAGGACGCAGCGUGUGCGCGGCGCGCUCGACCUCGAGCCAGACGACAUCAUACAAGCGACGCAGCUCGGGCUCGUCGUGCGCGCCGAGGGCACGGGACCCACGCGAAUCAUGCUCACGCCCGGCGCAGAGUACGUCACGGAGCGUACGGUGUACCUCACCGGCGCCUUGCGCAGCUGCGUGCCGCUCGUCCAGUACCUAGCUGAGCAGGCAUCCGCGGGCUUCCACGAAAUCAACGCGGCCACGAUUAGGCGACGGUUCGGACAGGAGGUCGAGGAGGUCAUCACGGACGCGAAGGCGCAGGGCGUCGUGGAGGACGUGCCGAAUGCUCCCAAUCGUAAGAUCAGACUGUGUCCGCACACGCAGGUCGUCUUCUAAGCUCUGUUUAUCACUCUGAGCCCGCCCUGCACACCACUACGAUCCUGCUGUCAUAUUCUUUGUCGUCGUGGGCACUUUUGUGGCUUAUGUCAAACCACAAAUAAGGCGCUAAUAUCGUGUUGCAAAUGCAUUUUCA